AUGCGUGUCGUUGGCAUCGGUGGUUCAUCAGACGGUAAGCACGAAAUAUUCAUUUUCACGACGCAUCUCCAACCAAACGACUCGACGACGGAAUCGGCCGGCGGCUUCAGGAGCUCCGAUCGCCUUCUGAUCGUGCUCUCAUGUCGGCUGGUCGGAUCCGAGGUUCGCUCCGCGGGACCGGGCGCGGGGCUGAACCUCGUUUCAUUCGAGUGUCAAAUGAAGACUUCCACGGACUGCAGCUCCGGACCUGACGCCUCGCUGCCGCCCUCGCUGUGGCCGGCGGCGGCACCUGUCACUGUGCUUGAGCGGCUGUGCCGUCUCCUCUCCUCUCCUCUCCUCUCCUCAGCGGUGGAACCGGUUCCCUUCGACGUGGUGGUGGAGAACCUGCUGCUGCAGACCAAGCCGCUGACCUUCAGCACGCAUGUGGAGUCCAGAGGGAUCCUGCUGGGCGGCCUGAAGAGACUCAGGGCCUCCAACGCUGGCUUCACGUUCCAGUUCUCAGAUGAUGAGAACUACGGGCCGUACCUGUUGAGUGUGAACGACGUGUCCAGCAGCGAAGUGGACCGGACCUACUGGGAGCUGCUGGUCCAGACUCUGGGCGGCGAGCCCACCAGACCGGCCGUCGGUAUCGGAUGCUACAUCCCGACCGCAGGUGAGAGGAUCAUCCUGAGGUUCACCAAGUGGUGACUCCGCCUCCAGAGGUGAAGACGUCAACGUGAAGAACAGAACUCUGACGUCUCUGAAUAAAACACUUCCACGGGC